GGUUGAGAAAGAGGGAGCACGAAAGGGCGGGCGGCGGCGCUUCAGGAUCAAAGUAUUAUAUGGUUACUUGUUCUUUGCGUGCAUACACUUCGUCCUCAGUUAUUAGGCCUAUAACCGCACAUGCAGAGCUGUUUGUUGCUCGCAUAGGUGGUGGCUGAUGCCUACAGAAGCCUAUAGUGCCUAAAGCUAGUGGUGGUACUGGUGAUAGCGGUGCUUCAGCGCGUCACCGGAGGCGUUAUCGAACCGGCAGCAUUAGCGAACGAACGACGACGCAGGCACCACGAAGUGCCUGUGUCCCGCCGCCUUCUCGGGUCCGGCGUGCCUGGACGACGUGGACGAAUGCCGGCUGCGAAGGCCGUGCGGUCGCUUCAGCGUGUGCACCAACAUGUACGGGUCGUUCCGCUGCGACUGCAUGCCCGGAUUCCAGCUGCAGGCUCACCUCUGCGUCCGCGAGAUAUCUUGCGAGGAAGGCCCCUGCCUGAACGGUGGCUCCUGUGUCACCCGCGAAGACCUCACAGAUGUCUGCUACUGCAAGAUUGGAUUCAGGGGCCGACUCUGCGAGAUAGCUGUGCCCGAGUGUUCAUUGGGAACAUGCCCUCACGGCACCUUCUGCGUGAGCACCCGGCGUGGAUUUCGUUGUCUUCGAAGCCUAAGGGACCUACGGCCGGGUUACCGGCUGCCCUGGAAAUAAACGUGCACCGCGUGUGUCUAGCGAC